AUGGAACACCGCGUCGGCGCCGUCGUGACGAGGCUCUGUCUGACACACCGCUGGUCAGCCGGUUGGUGGUGGAACGUCGCAUCGGCAUCGUCUAGACGAGGCUCCGCCUGUUACGCCGUUGAUCAGCCGGUGGGAUGGAUCUCCGAAUUGGCACCGUCGACACGCGCCCAUCUGGUGCACCGUAGGAGACCGCAGACUUGCGGCAAUGCCGUAAGCCAUUGGCAAAUUCGAGUCCUUCUUCCACUGCCAAAAAAACUCGUGGCCCACAGUGGAGUUCGGCCGCGCCGGCACAUCAAGCAGCCCCUAUUCAGGGGUCAGGGCACUGCUUCCUUCGGGGGGGGGCCUGGAAAAGCUGGCCUAAAAAUUGCUGGGGAACCACGUCGUCUGCUGGCGCACCGUGGUCGCAGACGCAAAACUCGCGGUCGAAGCAAUCAAACUCGAAACAACAACAACAACCAUACUCAUUCUCCUCAUCCUACCUCUUCUACCUCUACCUCCGUCUAUUCUUCUGCCUAUUCUUCUCCUUCGUCAUCUUCUUCUCCACCUCCUUCCCAUCGCCCCACUCGUUUUCCCCAGACUGACAGGGUGAGCCCGCUCACUCUGGCAGCCUGGAAUGUUCGUUCCCUUUUAGACAAUCCGAGGAGCAACCGACCGGAACGGAGGACGGCGCUAGUGGCACGAGAACUGGCGCGCUACAAGGUGGACAUCGCCGCACUCAGCGAGACCCGAUUCUCCGAACAAGGCCAACUGGAGGAGGUGGGUGCCGGUUACACCUUCUUCUGGAGAGGCCGACCCAGGGCAGAGCGGCGAGACGCGGGCGUCGCCUUCGCCAUCCGGACCGACAUCGUGGGACGACUGCCCUGUUUGCCGCAGGGCAUCAACGAUCGCCUGAUGAGCCUUCGCCUGCCUCUCUGGGAAAACAAAUUCGCCACCAUCAUCAGCGCCUACGCUCCGCCGAUGAGCAGCCCCGACGCCGCCAGAGACAAAUUCUACGAGGACCUGCACGCCCUCUUGGCGACUGUGUCGAAGGCGGACAAGUUGAUUGUCCUUGGCGACUUCAACGCCCGCGUCGGCACAGACCAUACUGCCUGGAGGGGAGUGCUGGGUCCCCACGGUCUCCGCGGCUCCAACGACAACGGCCUGCUUCUCCUCCGCACCUGCGCAGAACACCGCCUCACCCUGACGAAUACCUUCUUCUGUCUGCCGGUGCGAGAGAAGGCCACCUGGAGGCAUCCUCGGUCGAGUCAGUGGCACCUGCUGGACUAUGUCCUCGUCCGGAGGCGAGAUCAGCGGGACGUGCUGGUGACGAAGGCGAUCGCGGGUGCUGACGGGUGGACCGACCAUCGCCUCGUCAUCUCGAACAUGCGUAUUCGCCUACAGCCUCGCAGGGGACCACAAGGUAAGCGACCCCCAGGUAAGCUGAAUGUUGCUUUGUUGUCUUUGCCUGCUCACCGUCUCCAUUUCAGCAAUGAGCUAGCUCAACGGCUAGACAACCUUCCUAUCGCUGCCGCCGCCGACGACGCCGCCGCCGCUGCCGAGAACGCCUCCGUGGAGAACCGCUGGUGUCAACUGCGGGACACAGUCCAGUCGACGGUGCUCGCCGUCCUCGAUCGCGCUCCCCGCCAACACCAGGACUGGUUCGACGACAACGACGCUGCCAUCAGAAAUCUGCUUGCUGAGAAGAACCGCCUACACAAAGCCUACGUAGAGCACCCAACUGAGGGCAACAAAGCUGCCUUCUACCGCAGUCGCCGACAGCUUCAGCAACGACUGCGCGAGCUGCAGGACGCCUGGACUGCUCGCAAAGCUGAGGAGAUCCAAGGCUACGCGGACCGCAACGAAUAG